AUGUACGGGGAGACCGAUAGUGUGGACAUUCUACAAUUUGCGGAUGACACUAUUAUUCUAGGUGAAGCGUCUUGUGAUAAUAUUUGGAAUAUGAAGGUGAUUUUGAGAGGGUUUGAAUUGGCUUCCGGGUUGAGGAUUAAUUUUUCCAAAAGCAAUAUUAUAGGGGUGAAUGUUGGUGAGUGGUACAUGAAUGCCGCCUUGACUUUUCUCUCUUGUAAGAAAGGAGUGGCUCCUUUCAAGUUUCUUGGAAUCAUGGUGGGGGAUAAUCCUAGAAGGAAGAAGGUGUGGUUGGAAGUGGUCAAUAACAUAAAGAGGCGGCUUUCCUCGUGGAAGGGAAGAAACAUUUCAAUGGGUGGUAGAGUAACAUUAAUCAAUUCGGUUUUGAAUUCCAUUCCUAUUUUUACUCUCUCCUUUUUCAAGAUUCCCGGAAAUAUCGCCAAAACAAUAAGGAAAAUUCAAAGUGAGAUUUUAUGGAGUGGAAUGCUUGAAAAUAGGAGCAUUAAUUAA